CCCUGAGAUUCAUUUUCUUGCAGGCAUACUCAAUAAAUGCAAUAACUAUAAUAGAAUUAAUGAAAGUCCACACCAACAGGGCAGACAAUCAGUGUGCAAAAGACAACAAACUGUGUAAGUAAAAAAAGAAAGAAAAAAAUAUAAUGAUAAAUAAAUGAACAAUAAAUAUUGAAAAUAUGAGAUGAAGAGUCCUUGAAAGUGAGUCCACAGGCUGUGGGAAAAGUUCAGUGAUGGGCCAAGUAAAAUUGAGUGGUUAUCCCUUCUGGUUCAAGAGCCUGAUGGUUGAGAGGUAUUAACUGUUCCUAAACCUGGUGGUGUGAGUCUUGAAGCUCCAGAGCAUUCUCCCUGACGGCAAAGCAAGAAGACAGCAUGGCCAAGGUGGUUGGGGUCCCUGAUGAUGGAUACUGAUUUCUGCAACAACACUCUGUGUAGAUGUGCUCAGUGGUGGGUAGGGCUUUACCUGUAAUGGACUGGGCCAUACCCACUACCUCUUGUAGGAUUUACCAUUCAAUGGCAUUGGUGUUUCCACACCAGCUGUGAUGCAACCAGUCAAUAUAGUCUUCACCACAUAUCCAUAGAAGCGGGACGAAGUUUUAGAUGUCAUGCCAAAUCUUUGCAAACUUCCAAGGAAGCAGAAGUGCUGCUUCUUUAUAACUGCACUUACAUGCUGGACCCAGGACAGAUCCUCUGAAAUGACAACACUGAGGAACUUAAAGUUACUGACCCUUUCCACCUCUGAUCCCCCAAUGACGACUGGCUCCUGGACCUCCAGUUUCCUCUUUCUGAUGCACUUGUGAAGUCAACUGCAAGAGGAAAGCAUCCAGUAAAUGAUAAGACCUUAAGGUCAUUGACAUGCUGUUAUGCCCAUGGCCCCCUCCUUUUUGAGAAUCGCAGGAUUGCUAUUGAUUCGGAUCAGGAGACCCAGGAAAUGAGAGAGAAACACGCAGAUUCCUCAAUGUUUGGAAUGUGUCCUGGGCCUCCGAGAGACAAAGCCACGGUUAACGGCCAAUAUCUCUUGGAGACGGAAUUGUGUAUUGAGUGCUGUACGAUUCAUCGAAGCCCCCAGGCAAUGAACCGAGGGGGGGGUUGGUGGAGGAAUUGCAUCAUCCCAACCUGAUUGACAUCUGAGACCCUGUGAGUCAGGAUAAAAGAGGGUCUGGGGAACAGCCCCUUCAGACGCACCAGAAGAAACACUGGAACUCCUGUAACAGCGUAAUAGCGAAAGCCAGUGGAAAAGCCCACGUGCGUCCUUUUCCAUUUGCCUCGGAAUUGGUGGGCCUUACCACGGAAGCACGGCUUCAGCUAACAACAAAGGGGAAAUCAGCCCCCAACGACUCUCGAAGGAUUGGCAUCAUAAAAGGAAUGGGCAAGUUAAACAUCCAUCUUUCUCUCCAAACAAAAAGCUGCAGCUUGAAUGAACUUGAGUGACUUUUAUAUUUCCAUUGGACAAUAUAUUAUCCCUUAGACAAUGAUAGAGCUAUUUCUUAUUGAUUAUUAUUAUACCCACGCUUUUAGAUUUAGUAUUGAUGACAUAUAUUAUCUGUAUGUUUGCAUUGAUAUUAUUUUUAUGUAUUUUUAUCAAUAAAUACUGUUAAAAAUAGUACCAUCAGACUUCAAUGGACCUCUCUAUCUUUGCUGGUAAGUGACCCAGUUACGGGGUACGUAACAAUGCAGAGCAACUUUGGACUGAAAUAGGUUCAGAUAGCAAGGCAGGAUCUUCUUGCCCUAACCUACCACCCCAUCAGCCUCCUCGUCCUGCAUAUUACCCUCUGCAACUUCCGCCAUCUCUAAAGACAUCCUACCACUAAGUAUAUCUAUACCUCCACCCGCCCCUGCUUUCCGAUCACUCCCUCCAUGAUUCCCUUGUCCAUUCAUCCCUCCCCACUAAUCUCCCUCCCAGCAUGCCUAAGUGCUGCACCCAUAUACCUCCUCCAUCACCUCCAUUCAGGGCCCCAGGCAGGUGAGGUAACACUUCACCUGCUAAUCUGCUGGGGUUGUCUAUUGUGUGCAUUGCUCCUGAUGUGGCCUCCUCUACAUCAGAGAAGCCUGUCAUAAAUUGAGGGACUGCUUCAUUGUGUGUCUCCGUUCUGCAUGCCAUGAGCGGGACUUAGCAGAGGCCAAACGUUUUAAUUCCAAUUCCCAUUCCAUUGUGCCAAAAUGAGGCUACCCAAAGAGUAUUCCAUCUGGGGAGCCUCUGAACUGAUGGCAUGAACAUCAAUUUCUCCUUCUGCUAAGCAAAUUCCAUCCCUCCCCCCACCUGUUUCCCCACUUUGACCUUUUACCUCUUCUCACCUGCCUAUUAUUUCCCAUUGGGCCCCCUCCUCCUCCUCUUUCUCCUAUGGUCCAUUCUUCUCUCCUAUCAGAUUCCUUCUUCUCCAGCCCUUGACCUUUCCUACCCAUCUGGCUUCACCCAUCGCCUUCCAGCUAGCCUUCUUCUGCUUCCCUUCUGGCAUCUUCCCCCAGCUUCUCAAUUCUAAGGAAGGGUCUCAGCCCAAAAUGUUAACUAUCUAUUCAUUUCCAUUGAUGCUGCCUGACCUGCUGAGUUCCUCCAGCAUUCUGUGUGUGAUGCAGAGGGAAGUGUGUCUACUCCAGACGGAGCUGCAGCAACUUCUCCUUCCACAGUCGAAGCGAGUGGAUGUGAGGAAGGAGCUAUGAGAGCUGAAAAGUCAGCAGGCACAGCUCUUCCAAGAUCUUCUUCUGUUCCAGGAUCCAGACCAAAGCAGGAUGAAAUGUGCUCAUUCUUCUUCUUCAAAAAAUUUUCACGGGGGGAGCUCUGUGAUCCACAGCCAUGAUUACGUAUAUCUAUCUCAAUAAUACAUUUACUUAGAAUUUUGAAUGCACAAACUUAAUCUGAAAAAUAAAAUUGGCAAAAUUAUUAAUUAUCAGGAAAACCUUUUUUAUUUUGCAGAUUUAUUCAAACUGAUGCCUACGUGAGGGCGAUGACUGAGAAGCGAAUUGUGAUCACUGAAUUUGGUACUUUUGCUUACCCUGAUCCAUGCAAGAACAUCUUCUCCAGGUUUUUCUCCUAUUUUGAAGGAGUAGAAAUUACUGAUAAUGCUCUGGUAAAUGUGUAUCCAAUUGGAGAAGACUUCUAUGCCUGUACUGAAACAAACUACAUUACAAGAGUCAAUCCAGAGACACUGGAAACGAUACAAAAGGUUGAUCUUUGCAACUAUUGUACAAUCAAUGGUGCAACAGCCCACCCUCACAUUGAACGUGAUGGAACUGUCUACAACAUUGGCAAUUGCUUUGGGAAAAGGUUCGCAUUUGCCUACAACAUUAUUAAAAUACCUCCACUACAGUCAGAUAAGCAAGAUCCCUUGAGGAAAACAGAGGUGGUUGUGCAGUUUCCAUGCAGUGACAGGUUCAAGCCUUCCUAUGUACACAGUUUUGGUUUGUGUGAAAACUACAUUGUGUUUGUGGAACAACCUGUCAAAAUUAACCUGUGGAAAUUUCUCUCAUCCUGGAGUGUGCGAAGUGCUUCCUACAUGGACUGCUUUGAAUCAAAUGAUUCCAUGGGAACAUGGUUCCACGUUGCAAACAAGAAGACUGGUGAAUACAAUAAAUUCAAUUACAGGACUUCAGCAUUUAAUAUUUUCCAUCACAUUAAUACUUUUGAAGACAGUGGUUUUAUUAUUGUUGAUGUUUGCUCCUGGAAGGGGUUUGAAUUUAUAUACAAUUACUUGUGGCUUGCCAAUUUACGUGAAAACUGGGAAGACCUAAAAUUGAAUGCAAAAAAGGCCCCUCAGCCGGAAGUUAGAAGAUAUGUUCUACCACUGGACAUAAACAAUGUAGAACAUGGAAAAAAUUUAAUCUCUCUCAACUCAACAACUGCCACUGCUACAGUUCGGCAAGAUGGGACAAUUUGGUUGGAACCAGAAGUACUUUUCUCAGGACCUCGGCAAGCCUUCGAAUUUCCUCAGAUUAACUAUAAGAAAUUCAAUGGAAAGGAUUAUACAUUUGCUUAUGGACUGGGGCUGAACCAUUUUGUUCCAGAUAAGAUAUACAAGUUAAAUGUGAAAACCAAGGAACACUGGGUGUGGCAAGAACCAAACACAUAUCCAUCAGAACCCAUCUUUGUUCCACAUCCAGAUGCACUGGAUGAAGAUGAUGGAGUGUUGCUGACAUCAGUUAUUAGCCCAGGUUCAGGGCAAAAUCCUGCCUUUCUUCUAAUUCUGGAUGCUAAGAAUCUCAGUGAGAUAGCAAGAGCAGAAGUGGAGAUCAAUAUCCCGGUUACCUUCCAUGGAAUGUAUAAACCUUAAUGGCAUAUUACCUGGUGGAAUGCUGCAAUGUGAGAUAAAGCAAUACAUGUCAAACAGAGUAAAAACAUGCUAUUACACUACCUGGUAUGAAAAUAAAUGUCCUAGUUACUUAAUAGUUUUAAAUUGCACAAUAAAUUGAAAUUAGUGUAAGCCAAUAUUGGGUUUCUGCAUGAAACCAAGCAUUCACUGCACAUUUUUACAGCAUGACAGCUUAACAGAGCAACAAAGAUGUUAAUGUCCCCAAAAAAAAAGGCUAGAUUGUUAGUUGCUUCAUUCUUAAAGUUAUGUUCAGCAAAAUGACAUCAGAAUUCCAUGCUCCUUGAGCUAUGCCAUUUGCAUUCCUCUGGAUUUCAGCCCAAGUGAAAACCUCUGUAUGUAACCCAGCUACAUCAAACCUAGUGG